UAGACCAGCCGAGAUCUCAUUUAUAGCCCCGUCGCUGAGAGCCGACCCCGCCUUGCCCUCUGCGGCGGUGCUUGUUUGGCGGGUUUUCACAGUGACCGCAACAUUAUUGUUUACUUCACUAGGCACUUCUCGACCUCCUCUACACAUUGAUACCAUUAAUUUUCACAAGAGGACAAUAUAACUAGGAGAAAUAUGGGAAGGAGUGCAUGUGCGACGUUGCAGUGAGUGGUGUGGGGGGCGGUGGUAGCGAGACGUGGCAGCCUGGCCUUAUUCCCGCCUCCCCCGCCACACACAGUGGACUCGCCCGCUGCUCGUCCACAGAAGUUGCGCGCAUCGGCCGUGUGCGUUGUUCUGGGUCCAAAAAUCGCCAAUUUCCGCGGGUGGCUGUGAAGUGAGUGCAGUGGGUGAGUGCGUGAGGGUGUGUGGAGGCAGUGUCGAGUGGAGGGCAGCCAUAGCAGCCCCACACCAUGAGGGCGGGGCGGCGGACGCUGCUGGCCAGGUGUGUUCCAACACUCUCCUAGGACACUCGGGCCCCGCAUGGAAUCAGUCAAGAUAGCAGGGUUAGGGGCGCACGCCCCUCAAAUACUAUACCCUGGGGGAGGCAGACAGCCGCCCCAGGGACCACAAACCGCCCACCCGCCGCCCACGUCAAGGCAUGACGCUUCCCCUUACAAGACGCCCAUAUCACCGCCCCUGGCUUCACGGGCGGGGGCGGGCGGUUAUCCGGCCUACCCUCCCGCGGGGGACGGCCACGUGGGCGGCGGGGGCGGAAUGGUGGGCGGCGGCGGGCGGUACAUGCAGCAGCCGCCCUUCGUGGCCUACCAGAGGGAUCCACAUUACGUGAGGUCCGGGGACCGACCGGUGAUGCUCCCCCCAGACGGCCCACCAUCAUGGGACACUAUGGGCCUUACGCUUCACCACGCUCGGAUAUGAUGCCGCUCGUGCCCAACUCCCUGGCAGUCAGCACCACCAUGGACUCCAGCAAACGGAUCAGGUUGACAACCAAGCCUGAUGCCCGUGGCCCACUUGUCAUUGACACCUCUGACAACAACCACAGUAACAAGGAGUCCACCUACACCCCGCAGGUGGAGGCCAUCUCCCCCACCAUGCCCAAUGACCCCCGGGAUGAGUCGCCUCUCCGCUCCACCAAAGACGAUCUCCUCAAGCACAUAGAACAAGUGGACAGGGAGAUUGCGAAGGCUGAGUCAAGCAUUGCAAAGCUACGCAAGAAGGAGGGAGAGCUGGAGGUGGCGGCACAGAAGGGAGAUGGGGCCAAGGCGGAGGAGGAUGACACUAAGGAGCCAAGACACCACAGCAUUGCACAGAUCAUCUAUGCUGAGAACAGGAAAAAGGCCGAAGAAUCCCACAAUGUCUUGGACAAGUUAAUGCCGCCCACUGAUGUGCCCAGCGUCCUGGUGAGUGGCAGCGGCUCACUCCCCACUUGGUGUUUGCCGCUGUACCACCAGCCCACCGACACAGAGGUCUACAUGGCCAACAAGAGGCAGUACGCGGGCUUCAAGCGGCGGCUCAUGGAGUACUUCAAGAAGCGCCAUGCCAGCAAGAAUGAGCGCGAGUCACACCUCACCCAGACGUAUUCCAAGCUCAUGACGGAGUGGCUCAAGAGAGUGGAGAAGGUUGAGAACUCCAAGAAGCACAAGGAGAAGGUGGCAAAAAACCGUGAGCUGUUUGAGAAGGUGUUCCCCGAGUUGAGGAAGCAACGUGAAGAGAAGGAAAGGUUCUCUCGGGUGGGAGCGAGGGUCAAGAGUGAUGCUGAGAUGGAGGAGAUCAUGGAUGGCCUUCAGGAACAGGAGAAUGAGGACAAAAAGAUGCGAGCUUAUGCUGUGAUUCCCCCAAUCCUUCUGGAGGAGAAGAAGCGAAAGCAACGGUAUAUUAACAAAAACGGACUAAUAGAGGAACCCAUUAGUGAAUACAAAGAAUACAAAAAUAUAAAUAUCUGGACCGAACAGGAGAGGGAAAUAUUCAAAGAAAAAUAUCUACAACACCCAAAGAACUUCGUGGUGAUAGGAAGUUACCUAGAAAGGAAGUCUGUGAGUGAUUGUAUUCAAUAUUACUAUAGCACCAAAAAGAAGGAGAACUACAAGAUGCUGGUGAAACGGCGGAUACGACGGCCACGCAAACCCAACAACCAGCCGGUGGUGGAGAUGGUGGGACUCAACUCCACGGGGGUGACCACCAGAGGGUCUGCCGCUGCCCUGCGUACGCAGAACCCAUCCACCACUCGUGGUUCUCUGUCCAUCUCUGCUGUGGGACAGGAGGACACCCAAAACUUCCCUGGGGGUGCUCAGCAACAGCAGCAGCAGCAGCCCCCCAAUUCUACUGCCUCCAACUCCACCCACAAUGCCACUGCCAACAGUACCCCGGCUACCUCGCCUGGCUCCACCCCCGCCCCCAAUGACUUGGUGGCCAUUACCACCAGCGAGGCACCCACCUCCACUUCCACCUCUACGUCCACCGCCACCACCACCACUAUAUCCAGCAUAUCCAGUAAAGAGGUGCAGGAGAAGGACAAGGAAAACCUCUCCCUCAGUGACAAGAAUAGCAGUGGUGGCGGUGGCAGCAGUAGUAGUGGGGAGAAACCUGCCAGGAGGGAACGUUCUCGUAAAGAUGAAGAGAAGACCAAAGACGCGCAAGACUCCAGUGAUGACGACAACCAUGAGCAUGGCAAGGGAGGACCACAUGAGUGUAUUCUGUGCAAAACCCAGUUGGAGCACUAUGGUCUGUCCCGCCCAAUUGCCCCAGGACAGGCUGCUCAGUAUGGCCUUGUUGAGGCUCACCUGCCCCCAAACCCUCGAGUGUGCAAUGGCUGCAGGUGUCGUGCUGGGCGGGGAAGGAGAGUCACACAAUGCCCCAUACCUACAUGUCAAACUCCAAAAUGGAGGGUGAAGCGUCUCCGGCCGCUGCCACCCCAGUGGAGUGACUUACUCCCAGAUGUGAAGGACCCUAUCAUCAGAGAAUUCCAGAUUCCAAGUGACGUGACCAAAUGCUGCUCGGCGUGCCACAACCGCAUUAGCCGUAAGCUGGGGCCUGAGGUGGAGGAACCUGUUGAUCCUUCACGCUGGUCAGAGGAAGAGAUGGAUGCCUUGCGCUGUGCACUGAGGGAGGUUGGAUGCCACUGGUCUAAGGUUGCUGAACGCCUCCCUAACAAGACAGAAGGCCAGUGCAAGAGCUUCUACUUUAACUUUAAAAAGAAGUACAAGUUGGAUGAUGUGGUGGCUGAGUACCGUAAAAACAGAGGAAAGGGUGAUGGGCCACCCACUGUGACAGAUGAGGAGGAGAGUGGGUCGUCUACAUCCAGCUGUGAUGAGGAUGGCACAGUGCCCCCACCUCCCCCCGGCCCGGACUCCGCCUCUGACACCGCCUCCGCUCCGUCCCCGGGUCCUGCCCACAACAAUAUUGAUGCGGAGAAGCGCGAGACCCCUGGGCUAGCGGGUGUGAUGAAGGAGCCACUACCACCUGCUGUGAGUCAGCCACUAUCCGGUGUACGAGGGGAGGACAAUGACUCCUCAGCAACUGCCAGUGCAGAUGAGGGCCAGAGUGGGGUUGGUUGGGACUCACCAGAUGUGCAGCACAUCCCCCAUCCUGGGGAGCGGCGGCCAACGCCUGCUACACCUGCCAAACUGCAGCAUGCUCCACCACCUUUACCACCCAAUGCCAAGGGUGCUCCAGCACCUCCUCCCAAUGCCAACAGCUCGUCAUCGGGCAAUGUGCGGGACCUGAUCUACUCCGUCAUUGAAAAAAGUUUGAACAAGGGGCCCAAUCCCCCUACCAAAUCCCCACCAACUAUCACAUCCAUCCUGAGGACCACAGAUGGCCGUCAGGUGCCACCACAGCCCUCACCUGGCAGUAUCGAGUACCAGCGGGACCAGCGUAUCAACAUGCCUUGCCGCUACAACGAUCCUCGUGCAGGCUUGCCAGAUGCCUCUGCUUACCAUCAGGACGUCCAGAGCGAGGGUCUUGACCUCAGUAUUCGAAAGAGAAACCGCUCUCCACCACCACAGCCACAGCCACAGCCUCAACACACGCCACACCCACCUCCACCUCCCCUACAGCACUCUCAGCAUCCACCUCCCCAGUUCCACCAGCCCCCACCCCCACCCUCUUCAGUAUCUAGGGAGAUGCCUGCUAUGACAGUACGGGGUGGGGCUGAGGUUACUAUCACUAGCAAGGACCCUCCUCCACCCAGGGCACACCUCAAUACCAGCUAUAAUAAGCCACCCCACGAGCCGUGGCCGCCAAUUGUAGACCCACAUAACAAGUCACCUUCAGCAUUCAUAUCUGACAACAGAAGUCUCUCACACCAGCCACCACCUUCUAUCAUGACUAGUGGUGCUUCAGUGCCUGCACCACUGGUUUAUUCCACCACUGUUAGGCCACCGCAUGCUCAGCAAGCCUCCAAACCCAAGGUUAGCAUGGCCCCUCCCCCACCUCUUACCUCUGUGCGCACACAGCACCCACCACCCCAACCUGUCACUGCUCCCUCUAGAAUCCCACUCAAGCAGGACAAGCCUGGUGGUCCCCUUCACAUAGGUUCCAUCACUCAGGGGACACCUGUCAAUCCCCCACCAAUUGUAUCAGUACCCAUUAGCCAGUCUGGGCGCUUUGACAUGAUGCCCAAGAUGGGGAAGGAAGGUGGCUCCAUUACACAGGGUACCCCAAUUCACCAUGAUCCUAAGCGAUCCUCAGCAACCAACAACCCAUAUAAGGAUGUGGUCUUUGAGCCCCGGCCUGGUAGUGGUGUGGAGAUCAUCCCUCGGCCUGCAAUUCCCACUCAAUAUGAUCGAGACCACAUAUAUCGGGGUCCCCGACCACCCAGCUCCACAGCACCUCCCACUACCACUUACGCUUAUCCUACCUAUCCCUACGCUACGCGACCGCCCUUCACAGACACACAGUUCAAUUCACGGCAGAUCAUCGCUAAUGACUAUGUGACCUCACAGCAGAUGCCGGGACGGCGGGUCACUGAGAAAGACCCUCGUGUGUCCCCACGUGGGAGAGACCCUAGCCCCCAGCAGGAUCCCAGGGACCAUCGCAGCCUACCUGGGAGCACUACUGUCAACCGCAUCAUGGACCCACGAGGAGGAUUGGAUCCCCGCACAAUAGACAUCCGCUCAGUGGAUCCUCGGAACAUGGAUCCUCGGAGCCAUGACCAUCGAAACCUGGAUCACCGUAUGGAGCUGCGAACGCUGGACCCUCGUAUAGUGGAGCACCGGUCUGACCACCACAAUAUUUACUUCACGAGUGGUGCUCCUCAUGGAUCUUAUCAGCCACCAUCCCAGCCUUCCUCCACUCCUGUGUAUCUUCCACAAGACCGCAUAUCCCGGCCGCCACCCUCCCCUGCAUCAGCACGUGAUGCCACACCUACACCCCCAACCUCCGAGCCUGGCCAGUCGCCCCAUGAAUUUCGAUCUCCUGGUGUGUCAACCCCUACACCACCACCUCGCGUUGGGGUGAUUCAGAGGCGGCCACCUAGCAAACCACCACCCCACAUCCCCCCAAAGAGCGCCUCACCCCGCACUGAUCCCGGCUGUUAUUCCCCAAUGCAUGGACCUGCUCCUACUGCCACUGCUGCUGGGUCAGAGAAUUUGAAAGCACUAGUGGACACGGCAGUGGCACAUCGUAGUAGUGGUGGUGGUGGCAGUGUGCCUUAUCCACCAGCAGUAGAUGCACGAAGGGAUGGACGACACCAUGAUGCUCCACAGCCAGAAGGCUUUGAGAAACAACUGACGGACUCCAUGAAAAGUUCACGUGCCCUCAAUCCUAACAAACAUGAUGUGCGACCACCUCCACAUGACGCACGCAUUCCACAGUCACUGCCACCACAGGGUGAAGACCGCCGUUUCCAUGGUGACCGAACUGCUGGUGGGUAUGACCGUCAAAGAGUGAUACCGAAGAGUGUAGAGCCAAAACCUGACUUGGAGAGUGAUGCUGCAAAAGACCUUGCUUCGUGUUUCAAGAGAGAGGAGGCACCCAAAGCUCCACCACCAAAGCCUGGAGGCCGCCCUCAGAAUGAGACGUUAACAGCAGCCAAUUUGAUUGAUGCGAUCAUCACACAUCAGAUUAACAAUGAUAAUGAGAAUGGCACUGGUGGCAGUGGCAAUGGAGGUGGUGGUAAUACUGGUGGUGGAAGUAGUGGUGGUGGUGGGGGUGGGGGUGGUGGUGGUGGUGGUGGGGGUGGUGGUGGUGGUGGGGGUGGUGGUGGUGGUGGUGGUGGUCGUGAACAGCGCACCACUUACAGGCGAGAGGGUGAAGGAGGCCUGCAGGUAGUGGAGCUAGACAAGCGGGUCAGAUCACCAGCUGGCCUUCCCCUGCCCCCACCAAAGGAGAAAGAGGUAGUGACAGUGGAGGAUGGACCUGACCCUCGACCCACCAAUCCCCUCAAUCACAAGGAUGGCCUUAAUGCCUCCAUGCAUGCACCACCCCAUCAUUCUGGCCCUAAGUCCUUCCAGGCCCAUAUGGACCAGAUAAUUCAUAGGGAAUUUGCCAGUAACGAUGGGCGCAAGAUGUCAGCAUCCCACCUCCCCUACAGUAGACCACCUUUUGAGAUCUUAAGGACUGAUGGCAGACCCAUUGUUACCUCAGGAGGGCCACCUGCUGUCACGGUUUCCCAACUCAGCCUUGAUCAGUGGAAAAUGCGUAGUGGCAUGGAUAAGGAGGGUAAAGAGAGGCUUGAGUCUCGCUCGCCGCACCGCCCUCCACCUACGUCUGCUCCCUCCUCUACCCAUCACCUGUCAGUGCAACAUCUUGCUCCUGAUGAGCGACAAAUCAUCCGCAUUGCCCAGUCAGUGUCCCCAAGGCCGGACCACAAACUGCGCACCCCUCCUGCCGCACCAGCUGGUAGUUUCCCAGUGGAGCCUAUAUCUCCCCCAACAUCAGCUGCCCCACCAACCUCAGACCCCAACCACAGUGAGUUGAAUACUCACUGGAACUUCCAAAAGCGGCCAGGUGGAUCUAAGGAAAUGUUUGAGUAUGUUCGCUGUAAGAUUGCAGAGGUCAUGCGGACACCAGACUCGCAGGAUGGCGAAAAAUUGGGUCAUGAGGACCGCCAUCCUCGGUCAGGCACACCAGCCACCCAACCAUCAGUACCACAGACCAAUGCCCACUCAGAUGUUGAUGACCAAGCCAGAAAGCGGCCACGGCCUGAUGUUACAGAGCAGCGGCCGCCAUCCCGUCCACGCUCCACCGGGGGCGACUCGGCCAAGGAACGGCGGGAGGAGCCCCCUCCACCCCUCCGGGACGAUGUGGCUGAUGCAGACUCACCACAGUCAGGUGAAAUGGUGAUUGAUGAGUCACCACGUGACCACCCACCCACCUCUAAGGCUGGGGAUGCUGGUGGACCAGGCAAGGUAGGGCCCAAGCCUGGGGAAGCAGGUGAGCGGUACUCUUCAGGAAGUGGAGGACCAGGGAGCCAGUACCCACCAUACUCAUACUCUGGGUUCCGUGGACAUGGAGGCCAAGGAGGGGUACCACCAGGGGUACCGCCCUCCACCACCACUGCCACCACCACCAGCAGUAGUGUCAGUGGGGGACGUCUCCCCCAGGGAUAUGAGCCUAACGUUGAGCCAGUCAGCGAUGAUGACUGAGUGAGCUUGAAGGACCGGACAAGACAGCCGUGAUAAGUGUUAUCUGUGAUCUGUUUUGUGGACUAGUGUUGUCACGCCGCACUCUGGUGUACAAAGCUACCCAUCUGUGUGUGUACAUAGGAGUAAGUAGGUGGUUUGUGUUAAUACUCAGGCUCCAAGAGGGAAGGGUUGCUGUCAACGCUGCCUGCCGCCACAGCCACUACCGUCGCCCAUGUCAUGCUGCGCCCCACGCCCGCAACCUUGCCCUCCUGUCACGCCCAUUCUUCUCCAUGAGAUAUUUAUGAAUCAUUACAGACUGUGGUGACACAAUUGCCAUUUCACUGCUGCACCGCCGGCCAACGGAGCAGCGGCAGUGGCUGUGUCAGUGACCUGGCAGUGCCCAUACAGACCCUCCCCAUGAACAAAGCUGUCCUUCCGGGGCACGGACAGCACCCACCCGCUGCUAUAUUCAGACAAGUUCAUUCCAAGGCCCCGCUGGCCUGCAUGGGCUGGUCCGCAUUGUACAGACCUUCCUUCCACUUGUUGAGGGCGGCGGUUGGCGGCCCGCCUGGUGCGCGCUGCCGCCCAUCUCUCACAUCAUUACAUGUCAGAAAUGUUAUUUUUGUUGAAAUAAAGAUGCUCAAAACCUG